AUGACGUUAGAAGAUCCAUUUUACGUCGUCAAAGAUGAGGUGUUCCGAGCUUUGAACAAGACUCGAGGCUUAUAUCUACGCUGGCAAGAAAUAUCUAAAGCUCCAAUUAUUCCAAACAGUCCUGAAGUAGAAUGGACAUCUACUGAACUGAGGAAUGCCCUACGCAGCAUUGAAUGGGAUUUGGAAGAUUUGGAAGACACAAUAAGCAUUGUCGAGAAAAACUCGUCGAAAUUCAAGAUCGAUAAUCGAGAAAUCUCUGACAGACGAACCUUCAUAGAGGCUACCAAACAAGAAGUGAAGGUAAUGAAAAGCAAGAUGAGUAUCAACAGGAACCGUGAUAACGAUGGUACAGCUCGAGAACCGCUUCUGGGCGAGGAAAGUCCGAUGCAUUUUGGCAACACAUGGACGGCUACCCCAAAAUAUUCCAAGUAUUCCAAGCUCGCCAACCAAACGGACAGUCCGAGCCGUUUCGACACAUACGACAGCGAUAUAAUGUCGAUACAGGACAAAAUGUUGAUGAACCAAAACGAUCAACUCCAUGUCAUAAGCAAUUCCGUGGGAUCGCUGAAGACUGUGUCCAAACAGAUCGGGAUCGAACUGGAUGAACAGGCCGUAAUGCUCGACGAUUUGAACACAGAUCUGGAGAAUGCAGAUUCUAAACUCGAUUCUACAGUCAAAAAGAUUGCCAGGGUCCUUCAUAUCAACAAUGAUCGACGACAAUGGGUUGUUAUCGGGAUUCUUCUCGGCAUUCUUGUUAUUAUUUUGGUUUUAUUGAUUAUU